AUGGACUCUGUUGUGGAGAAGGUGUUCAACCUCAUUGUGGCGACGGAGCAGGGUGAAGGCUCGUCUGUACAGGAUGAUGCUCCUGGAGUUCUUGCCCGCCGUGCCAACCACUGGAGUCACGUAGAAAGUUUCUUGGGCGUAUGGAUUCGAAUACCCUUGAAGACAUUUGAACAAUUCUGCUACAUCAACUACCGCACUCCCCCGCCACAUCCCAUUGACCCAGCUGUCAUGUUCGAUGUUCUCAAGAUCAUGCGACUGGUCGAAGAGGCAAGGAAACAUGUAAGCAGGGCAGAGGCGGCCGAAGCCUCACCGUUUGGUCGAAGCACAUGGGUUGGGCCGAAGCAAAAGCUGCGGAUCCGAGAACAAGCCUGCGAGUGCUUGAGAAAGGCCUAUCAGAUCGAGGAGAAUGCCUGCGCCGUGGCAACAAUGUUUAUUGUGAGCGUGGACGAGGUGGCCGCCCGAGUCCUGCUGCAGAAGCCGAACAGCGCCGACGCCCAGUACGUGCAGUUAUUUCACGAAAUGGUCUCUCAAAGACAACUUGCUACGCCAGAAUGUGUGGAAAUGCUUACAGAAAUCCUUGAUACCGGCCAUAUAUCGGAGAAUCUGAGGACGCGCGCAGCAGUGAAUGCCAUGUUGGGCAACGAGGGGGAUGCAAUCACAGACCUGACAUUGGCAAUUACACGGAGCAGAUACUUGGCGGCUGAGAAGCCGAAGCUGUCUGAUGCGAUGGAAGGAAAAAAUCCUCGACAACCAGUGCCAGAAGACAAAAUGCCCGGUAGUCUUUCUAGCCAGCUCCUGUUCCACCGCGCAAUCCACUAUCUUGCAAUAGCCUGCAAGCACAUCUCGACCAGCUUUGGUCCCGAGAUAGAUAGUUCGGGGGCACCUGCUACGCCAGAAGACCAAGAUGAGGUAGCUCUCGGCGAGCGCAUCACGUCGCAGAGACUUGUCCGGGAAAAUGCCAAAAAUGCCAUCAACAGUCUGAUGUCGUUUCUACGGAGCUUGAAGUACUCUCCAGAUUGGCCCAUCGAAGCCUCGCACGACUUUUCCAGAUUCAUUUCCACGGUAUUCACCACUCCCUCGUCUAAAGCCAUCCCACCUUUGGUUCGGAGGUGCACGGUAGCGACCAACGUUAUGUAUCCCGUCUCGCGGCUCUUUUUCUCGGCUCCAAUUGCUGAGCUGCCGCCUUACCCCCCGCCGGCGGCCUUGGCAGAUGAGCAAUCUAGCGCCGCUGUUGAUAUUGUCAAGGCUUUCGCGGACCAAGUGAAAGAACCUUCAAAGAGCUGUGAGAGCGUAACUUUUCAUCCGUACCUGAUCGAGGCUCUACACGCGUUGCUUCUCUGUCACUGUUUGAUAAAUACGUCAAAAAAGGAAAUUCGACGCCAUGCCUAUAUGGUUGCGCGCCUCGUACGCCUCUGCGAUGGUUACCCGAUCUUCAAUCCGGCGCGCAGCCCUGCACGGGAUGACUGGAAAGAACUCGUUGGCUACCCUGCUUCAGACACGCAGUUACUUCCACUCGUGGCUUCUUGGGACGACCUCUGCCGCCCCAAAUACGCACCGCUGCUGACCCAAUUCAGCCGCGAGAACACUACCGCUGCUACCGAGGACGCCCAGCCAGCAGGUGGUGACCUGUUUGCUUCGGCUGCAUUACUGCCACCGUCCGAGGCCAUGCGAACGCUGGAAGCUCUAGCGAAAAUGCGAUCGCAAAACCAACCUCCAAAUUCAGAAAUGCCAAUUCACCAGGUUCAAUUGCUUCCGGGUUGCCGCAUCGAAGACAAUAUUAUUUCCGACGGCCUGCCCGACAGACGGGAUCUACGUACAGGACACGCGCGCGACAUUAGACGUUGGCUCAAGGAAAACCCAGUUGUGCCAAGUGUGCGACGCAAGAAGAAGACGGCCAGCAGGAGCUCCUCGAGCCGCCAUGGCGAGGAUCCAGAGGCACUUGCCACAAAGAUGAGCGACCUGGAAAUCUAG